CAGUUUGCCACAUAUCCGUUUCUAACAAACUGCAACUUUGUACAGUCAGACCGAGUCCCAAACCAAGUCCUGCGGCAGGGGCUCCGGUGCUCGCUUCAGGAUGUCUUCCCGGGUUUCUUGUUCGGUAUCUGUUUAUCGACCGGCGGAGCGAAUCUGGAAAUAAUGGAACUAUAUAUUUUUUCAACUUUAGCGGCUCCGCGGAUAAUGACGAAUAGCUAGUUAAGCGAAGCGUAGCGUAGAUUAGCUAAGUAAGCUAACAACCAUAUCCAUAUCCAUUGAGAGGAGGGGAGUGCGCUAAGGUGCAGGUUUGUGUGAAACCUGUGACUAAAAUGUGCAAUUUGAUCAUGUUUUAGAUGCAUAUCACCAGCCUGCACUGUUUGGGACUUUUGUGUGACUUUGAUAUAGUAGGGAAACAUGACCAACAAUAAGCUGCAUUUGUCUUUAGGGCUGAAGUCUGUCCACCUAUCAGAUAUGAGAGAUUGCCUCCAUUGAUUGUGACUGAAUAAAUACUAUGAGCAUGCCAAAUAUUGUCUCAGUGGAGGCGUGUUAAGCUGUGGAAAUCGUUUUCAUUUGCAAAGAAUGUCCGACUUGGAAAGUUCGCCCUCAUAUUUUGGUUUGGAGGAUCCGCAGUGGCUAUGCAUGGUCACACUGUUCAUCGCAUCCCUGGUGACUCUCAUACUGUAUUUCGUACAGUAUUUCCAACAAGGGGGUGUUAGGAUAAAACCGAGAGCAGCAGCAGCAGAGGACAAUGCGGAGAAGGAGGAAGCCGCCGCUCUGUUGGGAUGGGCGCUGUCACUGAAAAACUGGAAAAAUCAGUGGAGAGGAGCCUGGUGCAGGGCUUUGAAUGACGAAUCGAGGAAGUGCGGGGGUCCUGUUUUGCUGACUUUUGAAGAGGAUGAUCUCAAAGCAUCAGAUCUUGUGGUCAGCGAAGUGACCAGUUUUCACAAGUCUAUCAAACACAAGGCUGCUUCCUGCAGGAUGGUGGGGGAAAAGCUUCAGUUCUGUCUCCGUGCAGCUCAAACAGACGUGGGCUCAGCUCAUCCAUGUAAAUACACAGUGUGUAUCGAGGCACUGGCGCUGCAGCUUGAACUUCAGAUGGAGGAGGCUGAAGACGAGGUGAAGGUGGACUGGAGAGUUUCCCACCUGGACACUGGAGAGCUGCAGGUGACGCGCAGGUUUCCCCAGGACAAUGCCAACACUUUGAGUCUAGCGGCGGUGAAGGAGCAGCUGAAGAGGCUGAUGUGUGCGACGCGACCGUCUGUGCUGCUGAGCUGCCGGCCCGCUCAGGCCUCAGAGGUCAAGGAUCUCCACAACAAAGUGGUGUCCCCCCCUAAACCCCCCCGCGCCCACGACUGGAAGCUGCUGGUGAAAAACAUCCGUGUGACUCUCAAUCAGGAGGAAGAUGCUGCAGGCAGCGUCAGCCCUCUGUGUGCGCUGCAGUUGGACGACCCUCCGCAGAGGUUCAACACCUCAGUCUUGAAGAACACAACCACACCUGCCUGGGACCAGCCGUUCAUCUUUGAACUGAACGGACGAUCAAAAGAGCUCAGCAUUCAGCUGAUGAAUGACGGACAACCUCAAGAGAACUCUUUACUAGGUCAGGUGUCAGUGCCUUUUGAUCUUGUAAAGAAACAGCCCAAAGGACAGCAAACAUUUGCACUCAUGACCAAAGAUGUAGUGACUGGAUCACUAACUACUGAUUUUACUUACCUGGAGCCCAGUGAAGUGAGGUCCUGGCACCCGCCCACCCCGGCCUCCACUAAGAGGGUGGAGAUGGACCGGACAGUGAUGCCCUGUGGCACCGUGGUCACCACCAUCACAGCAGUGAAGAGCAAACCGGGCCGACCGCUGCCUCUGGGACUCAACAUAGAUCCAGUCCAGAAGGCCACGGUCAACAAACCCAAACUGUCAGAGCGCCGUGUUUCAGAACACUCGUCCACGUUGGGAAACACCGUCAGCAAAGCCUUGUCGUCGUCGGAUACCGAACUGCUGAUGCUGAACGGCACCGACCCAGUGGCCGAGGCCGCCAUCCGACAACUCCACCAGUCGGCCAAACAGAAACUCAAGUCCCCGGUGAAGAAGAGCACCAUCAUCAUCUCUGGCAUCGCUAAAACGCCGUUGUCUCAGGAUGAUGAGCUCGCGAUGAUGGCGGGCUACGCGGCGGCGAUGGACGCCUCCAUGUCAGAGGGCAGCUCUACUCAGGACGUUACCACGGCGAUCGCGUCAGGGACCAUCAGCCCCCCGGACCACUCCGAGCCCCAGGAGGGUCCCAGCGGCAUGGGACGGCCCCCGGACGACUGGGACGGCAACACGGGGGAGGAGCUAGACCACGCCUCGCUGUCCAUGUGUGUGUCUGAGGCCAGCUGCAAAAAGAGCAGAGAGGAAAACAGUGCUAAGAACACGUUAAGUCCAGAUGAGCAGCUUCCUCCAGAAGAGUGCGAAGCUUUUCUUCCGACGCCGUCACCAGCGCAAAGACCCGGGGAUGAGCCAGUCCCACAACGACCUGGUUUACCUGGAGUCCUCGUCGGCGGUGGACCGGGCCAGUCGGACCGCCACGCUCAGCCGCAUGCUCCACCGCAAGAGUAAAACCAAGAGCAAAGCCAACGGCGCUACCUCCACAGGGGAACCGCACGCGUGACCCCGCCUCCGCUUAAGCCCCGCCCAGGUCCACUACCAUCAACACCUCCUCCCCUUAGGCCCCUCCCAGGUCCACUACCAUCAACACCUCCCCCCUUAAGCUCCACCCACAUCCACUACCAUCAGUAACACCUCCUCCAACUUGCACUGGCAAACCUCUGAGCUAACCUCGUCCUCCUCCUCCUUCUUCUCCUUCUCCUCCUCCUCUUCCACCCCCUUCUCCUCCUCCUCUUCUUCUACCCCCCUUCUCCUCCUCCUCCUCCUCCUCUUGUUCUACCCCCCUUCUCCUCC